UCUAACAGAAGCCGAGCUGUGCGCUUUCGGAGAGGCGCAGUCGAGUGUUUCUGAGGUGACCGAUUCUUAGUUCAGACUGCAAAGUACUUUAUAAUCUUAUCGAAUACCUGAUAGGCUCCAAGGAAUUUCGAAAUCCUGACGAUCGCUGGACUUUUAGUUUUUAGACAUUUGCUUCGUGAGCGGAGAUUAUUCUGCGCUCUUCCUGCUCGUCUUGGCAGAGAAGUUUUUCCUUCGGCGGCUGAGCUCAUCUCUGGAUCGCUGGGCCAGGUGAUACUGGGCUCUGCUUUCGCUACAGGAGUUGAAAGCGGCGGAGCGAUGCCUCCCCACCGCGGCUGAGGGCUCGCGCCAUGAGGAGCGCGGCGCUGAUGAGCUCAUCCCGCUGACACCUGGCAAGGGGACGCCCUCGACUUCCUUCUCCCAGCAGCUAUGAGCUGUGAGGAGAAGAGCAGCACCAUGUCUCAGAAGAUGUCUUCCCCCUCACGGAGCAACAGCAGCUGCUCCUCCAAGCACGACAGUCGCCAGGACAGCUGGGAGAUCGUGGAGGGGCUGCGGGGCAGCGGGAGCAACAUCCAGGAGCCUGAGAAGCAGGAGGGCUUCAUGCUGAAGAGGAGGAAGUGGCCCAUGAAAGGCUGGCAUAAGAGGUACUUCUUUCUUGACAGAGGGAUUCUGAAGUACGCCAAGUCAGGAGCCGACAUUGAGAAGGGGAAACUCCAUGGCUGCAUCGAUGUCGGCCUGUCAGUAAUGGCAAUAAAGAAGAAGGCCAAGUGCAUAGACCUGGACGCGGAGGAGAAUAUUUACCACCUCAAGAUCAAGUCCCAGGAGCUGUUCGACGACUGGGUGUCCAGACUGCGCCACCACCGGCUGUACCGCCAGAGUGCAAUCGCCAUGUACCCACACGACACCGCGCCUCUGUACUACUUCACUGCCUCCGCGCCGCCCAACCCCUCGGACACGGCCUCCAUGAGGAAGAGGACACCUCUGACGAAGCAGUCUUCAGUCCACACAGCAGGCAGCUUCUCAGCGGCCCUCAGCAGCCAGACUAAAGUGGCAGCUUGGCUCCAGUCCUCCGAAGACAUGGACAGGUGCUCCAGAGAGCUCUCACAGUGUCAGUCUUACCUGUUGGAGCUCACCCAUCUGUUAAAGAACAUGGAGGUACUCCAGCGGACAUACUCGGCACCCUCCNNNNGUUCCCUCCAGGCCUCUGCCUUUGAAAGCCCCAGGAAGGACAAACGAACUCAGAGAAAGUGGCGGAACAAGAGUUACGGCAAAGACACUAAGACAACCUUGCAGGUUCCGGGCUGCGUGUCCUCGGGCUCCAUCAGGCUGCAUGCCUCCAACCCCAACCUGUCCACCGCGGAGGACAACGGCAAGGGCUACCCCGAGACGCCAGACUCGCCCGCCGAGGCGUCCCGGCUGCAGGAGGAGUUCUGCCGCGUGGCCAGCAGCUUGCACUCGUCUUUGAAAACAGCCUUUAACGUGUUGUCUUCAGAGAGAGAGAAGUUCAGACAGAUGCUGGAUCACGAAGCAGUCCAGCCACCUCCUGCCCAGAUGCUCGGUCUAAAGAAUGCCCUGGCUACUAAGCAGGACUCGACGGAUGGCAGCCGGCCCCUGGUCCACCAGGCGUCCAACGAGAGCCGCACCUCUGUGACGGACUCGCUGUCCGAGUUCUUUGACGCUCAGGAAGUGCUGCUGUCCUCCAGCUCCUCGGAGAACGAGGCCUCUGACGAUGACUCAUACAUCAGUGACAUAAGUGACAACAUCUCAGUGGACAACUAUAGCAACGAGGCUGAAAACGAAAAACAAAACUCAAGCUGUGCUCAGAACGGACCGGCCCCGCUGGCGAGGAGGACCUGCCUGCUGGCUCCGGGCCCCAAUACCAGCAACAUCAGCCUGUGGAACAUCCUGAGGAACAACAUCGGCAAGGACCUGUCCAAGGUGGCCAUGCCAGUGCAGCUCAACGAGCCCCUGAACACGCUGCAGCGGCUCUGCGAGGAGCUGGAGUACAGCGAGCUGCUGGACAAGGCUGCUGAGACACAGGACCCCUUCGAGCGCAUGGUAUACAUAGCAACCUUUGCAAUAUCAGGAUACGCAUCCAGUUACUACCGAGCGGGAAGCAAGCCCUUCAACCCCGUGCUGGGAGAGACGUACGAGUGCGACAGGCCCGACAGAGGCUUCCAGUUCAUCGCAGAGCAGGUCAGUCAUCACCCACCUAUUUCAGCAUGUCAUGCUGAAUCGAAAAACUUUGUCUUUUGGCAAGACAUGAGAUGGAAAAACAAAUUCUGGGGAAAGUCCAUGGAGAUCGUUCCUGUUGGGACAACACACGUGAUGCUGCCAGCGUUCGGAGACCACUACGAGUGGAAUAAAGUGACGUCGUGCAUCCACAACAUCCUGAGCGGGCAGCGCUGGAUAGAGCACUACGGGGAGAUCUCCAUCAAGAACAGCAGCAGCCACGCCUGCCAGUGCAAAGUCACCUUCGUCAAGGCUAAGUACUGGAACUCCUGCGUGAAUGAAGUCGAGGGCACAGUUACAGACCACAGGGGCAAGGCGGUGCACAGGCUGUUCGGGAAGUGGAAUGAGGCGGUGUACUCCGGCGACCCGCCCAGCACCACGUGCGUCUGGAGGACAAAUCCAAUGCCUGAUGAUUAUGAGCAGUACUAUGGAUUCACUAAAUUUUCCAUGGAGCUGAAUGAACUCGAAUCUGCGACAAAAUUGCUCCUACCACCCACUGACACCCGACUGAGAUUAGACCAAAGGCUGCUGGAGGAGGGGAACGUGGAGGCCGCCGAGGUGCAGAAGCAGCGGAUCGAGCAGCUCCAGAGGGACCGGCGCCGGGUCCUGGAGGAGAACAGCAUGUGUCACCAGCCCCGGUUCUUCCGGAAAUCCAGUGACGAUACGUGGGUGAGCAACAAGACCUACUGGGAGCUGAGGAGAGAUCCAGGCUUUGCCAACCUGGAUAACCCUGUGCUCUGGUGAGCCGGCCACCGGCCUUUCCCAGCCCUGGUCGCGGACAGCCCCUGCGUCCUCUGGGCUUCAGCCCAGCCCUCCACCCGUUACAGGAGCCUAACUGAACCCGCCGAGGGGUUUUAAUUGGGGUCCGCGUUCAGGGCACAAACGAGCCCCCCCAAAACAUAGAGUGAGUGAAGAAGUCUUGGUUUCACAUAGCUGCUCCCCUAUAGCUUUCUAAAUAUCUCUGACUGUUUAUCAGUCACCGCUGUGCAGACAGAGCUGGGAGUGACACUGGUACAGUCUCCUCAGCACUGCGGAGGCCCCUCGAUUAAAAUCAACACAGUCCUUAACAGGGUGAGCCUGAAGGAGUGGGAAAAGAUCUGAAACAGUUUUAAAAUGACAACAGGCGCUUCAGCUGAAGAGCUCGAGGAGCCCAGCGAGUGAAAUUCAGCAGGAAUGAAAACCAGACACGGAUCAGAACUGGGAAACACUGCUCUCCGCUGACAAAUAUCCACGUCUGCUGUUCACACGUCGUCUCUUUCCGUCUCUGUUCAUCUUGCUGCUGUCAUACAGCUAAAUGCCUUAUUAUGCAGUGCUUGGAAAAGAAGCAUAGCCUUCUUUAUGCACACAAAGAUAUUUUGAAUGUAGACAAAAUAUGCAAACGUGGUCGUGUUUGAAGGGUAUUUUGCUCCGCAUGGCUCUGCCUGUGUUUAGCCCAGAGAGACUGGCCUGGGUGCGCCCUGUGCUUCCACUCCUCUUUCACCUGGGCAGACUCCGCAGUGGCCUCAUCAGCAAAGACCGAGAAUCCGUGGGUUUCUUGAAAAGCUGUUCCUGGUGAUGUGCUACUGUCUUAAUCCUCUGACAUUUUCUACCUCCAAAACGUAACGGAAAACUGCAUUGAAAAAAUGCAGAAACUCUCCAGUUGCCUUAUAUGUUAGAUAUAUUGUUUUUACCACCAAUGCUAAACUUUAAUUUACAUUUAUUUAAAUGUAAUAGAUUUGAAUAUUCGUGUAUAUACGCAUAUACAGUAUAUAUACUAAGCGUGUGUAUAUACUGUAAAAAAGGUACAUAUGGAGUCUUGCCUGCCUCUCCUGGAAAAUGUAGUGUCAGAUCUAAGACACUAAUUCUAACAGGCCAGUCAGAGCUGCAGUCUGAAUUUCUUGUGUGAGUGUCCAAAGGUGCAAACGUGGCAUCUUUAAAAAAAUAUGUUAAUAUUUUUAAAAUAUGUUAAUGGGAAGAGUGGCAAUAUGCUAAUUUAAAAUUUGUGUUGUGACACUGUAGAGAGAGAAACGUUGUGACGAUUGUUUUGUAGAGGGGGCAGUGGAGACUUUUGGUUUGCCUGAUGUGAAGAGCCUACUGCCCUGCUGUCACACUGCUACUAAACUUCCCAAAUUCCCCCCCCACACCUCCCAGUGGCCAUGUGUAUUUUCUCCUGGUGCCCUGGUCUCCUCCCACCUCAUACAGUCAUACAUACAAUAUAGCGCCUCUGUAUUUUCACACUUAUGCGUGUGUAGCCUGCAGUAGACCUGUGGCCCUGCCUUGUGCCCACUGUCCGAAUCGCAUACCGCCUGCACAUUCACAGAGCAGCGCGUGUCCUGUUCCUGCACGUGUGCGCAGAAGGACCUGGAGGCUUCAACAUCUUGCGUGCAGUCUGCCGGUCGGACAACCAGACUUGCCAAAGAAAAUUCUUUCCAACGCUUGUGCUUCCGUGUCAGUAAAGCACACAGUGGCAGCACACGAGAAAGGCGCUCUGGGCUCCUGUGGAGAGAGGAGACCUGGGCAUGCAGGGUGCACUGUAGCCACUACCACAGCCACUGCUUGGUUUGCCUGGGUGAGAGACUCCGGGUCGUCUUUUAGAUUAGCGGUGGUCUGGAGAGACGUUUGAACAAUGACAGGCAUAUUAAAACAGAAUAGUCAUGGAUAAUGUGGCUACAUGUUUCGAAAUCUGCAGUUGAAUUAAGACAUUACAGGUGAGCACUAGGUGAGCACCAAGUGGAAGUCCUUACAGAUCCAAAGAAAAGCAAUGUUGGUGCUGAAGCCCAACAUCUCUGAAAGGUGGAAAAAUUCUAGGUUCAAUAAAGCACAGUCUGGGGGAUAGCUAAGGUAUCAUGAUGAUUCUAGGAGCAAUUUAAUUUCAUUUUGGAGGAAUGGAGAACAAAGGGACACAUUCGUCUGUCUGACAGCUGGGCUAGAGGGUAACGCUGGCAAGCUCCACUUUUCCUUUAAGCACGUUGUAAGAUUGUUUUCCACAUUUCUCACUUUAAAUAUCUCGUGCUGUUGACACAGAAAUGGGCUUAAUAAAAUAUUUUAACUGCAA